AUGGGAAAUACAUGUGCUGGCUGCUGCGGGGACGCAAAUGAUCCGCUGUAUUUGCCCUUGGAAACCGUACAAGGCGGCGACGAAGGGAUAGCGCAACUCUUCAAGCCCGAAAUGGCGGAUAUACUUCAUGAAGGAGUUUCUGUGGGACUCAUACUCCAGAUGUACCCUUUCUCUUGUUACUAUGUCCGUAUAACGCUGGUAGACAAGUCCCGGCUGGAGUGCAGGGCGAAGCUCAGCGCAGACAACACAGCACUGGAGUUGUCCUGUGAUCGCAAGAGUCGUAAAGUGGAGUUGAGUUCCGUCAAGAGUGUGCUGCACACACCUGAACAGCUGCAACGCGUGGACUGCUCAGCAGGCAUCACGCCGGGGGACUUCUGUGUGGCUAUACACCUCGCGGCUGCAGGCAACUGCAUUCCGUUUUUCUUUCCUACUCUCAAAGACAAAAACUUGUUUGUCAUCACUCUGGCGAAAAUCCGCACCGCAGGACCCGACGGGCUCAUUGACUAA